UUUUUGGACUUCUUUUUAUAUAUAUACAUUUUUUUGGUCGCCGUUUUUAAUGGUACAAUGUCGUCGUUGCCAGGAACUGUACCGAGAAUGAUGCGCCCGGCUCCCGGACAGAACUAUUCCCGCUCCGGAUUCCCUCUGGAAGUGUCCACUCCUCUGGGUCAGGGACGGGUCAACCAGCUCGGGGGCGUCUUCAUCAACGGCCGGCCGCUGCCCAACCACAUCCGACACAAGAUCGUGGAGAUGGCCCACCACGGGAUCCGGCCGUGCGUCAUCUCCAGGCAGCUGCGCGUCUCCCACGGCUGCGUGUCCAAGAUCCUGUGCCGCUACCAGGAGACGGGCUCCAUCCGACCCGGAGCCAUCGGCGGCAGCAAACCCAGGCAGGUCGCUACGCCCGACGUGGAGAAGCGGAUAGAGGAGUACAAGCGGGACAACCCCGGCAUGUUCAGCUGGGAGAUCCGGGAUAAGCUGCUGAAAGACGGCGUGUGUGACAGAAGCACAGUCCCUUCAGGUGAGGCCUCCUCUGUGAGCUCCAUCAGCCGCGUGCUUCGAGCUCGAUUUGGGAAAAAGGACGACGAGGACGAGUGCGACAAGAAGGACGAGGACGGAGAGAAGAAGACCAAGCACAGCAUCGACGGCAUCCUCGGCGACAAAGGCAGUCGGAUGGACGAAGCGUCGGAUGUGGAGUCGGAGCCUGACCUCCCCCUGAAGAGGAAGCAGCGCCGGAGUCGGACUACGUUCACGGCGGAGCAGCUGGAGGAGCUGGAGAAAGCUUUUGAAAGAACACAUUACCCUGACAUUUACACCAGAGAGGAGCUGGCGCAGAGGACUAAACUGACUGAGGCCAGGGUCCAGGUGUGGUUUAGCAAUCGAAGGGCCAGGUGGCGAAAACAAGCUGGAGCCAGUCAGCUAGCAGCAUUCAACCACCUUCUGCCGGGUGGAUUUCCUCCGACAGGAAUGCCGACACUUCCUACGUACCAGCUGCCCGAGUCCAGCUACCCGACCAACUCUCUGUCCCAAGACGGUGGUGGUACAGUUCACCGACCCCAGCCUUUACCUCCAUCCACCAUGCACCAGGGUGGUCUGUCCAGCCCUGACAACAGCUCUGCCUACGGUCUGGCCUCCAACCGGCACGGGUUCUCCAGCUACUCCGACACAUUCAUGAGCUCUGCAGCGCCGAGCAACCAUGUCAACCCUGUCAGCAAUGGAAUUUCCCCACAGGUUAUGAGCAUCCUGAGUAACCCCAGCAGUGUUUCAUCGCAGCCACAACACGACUUCUCCAUCUCGCCGCUCCACAGCACGCUGGACUCCUCUUCGUCCAACAGCAUCUCGGCCAGCUGCAGCCAGCGCUCGGCCGAGGCUUCCAUCAAAACGGUGGACAGCCUUCCCUCGUCCCAGUCUUACUGCCCCCCCACGUACAGCACUACCAGCUACAGCAUGGACCCGGCUGUGGCGGCCGCCGGUUACCAGUACAGUCAGUACGGCCAGACUGCUGUGGAUUACCUGGCAAAGAACGUCAGCCUUUCCAGUCAGCGCAGGAUGAAGCUGGCUGACCACUCAGCUGUACUGGGACUGCUGCAAGUGGAGACCGGCCAGGCCUACUAGCACCCGCCUGACAGAUUCAAACAGCACGACACCGGGCCACCAGCACAACCCACACCUCCUCCUCCUGCAGUGCAGAUCUUCCAGACAGCCUCUGUGGGUGUGAGUGUGUGUCGCAGAUUGACAAUAUGUUGGGCUGAAAUUUAGCUUUUUUAAAACUUUAUUUUACGUUUCUGGUUCUUCAGGGUUUAAAGAUUGACUAAUGUAGCUGUCCAAGCUUGAAACAUUCCUCAUGGGACCAACCGUUACCACAACCAUGAUAUCAAGUGUUACGAAAAAAAACUGUUUUUUGCACCUUUUUAUUGUUUUUUUUCUUUGUUGUUAUUUUUGCAAUAUGCAGCAUCAGCUUUACUGGAUAAUGAUAAAUGAGUGAUAUAAACAAUUACCACCUAAGCCAAUCAGCCUGAGUGUAACCUCCAGCUAUCGACAAUUCAUUUCACAAAACCUGAGAUUUAUUUUAAACCACCAUGUGCUCCUGACUGAUUUUAAAAUGCAAAGAUGUCCACAGUGAAACACUUAAGCAAUAGAAAAACAGCUAAAUCUCCCCUUUUUUUACAUUAAAGUCAUCAGGCUAAUGACAGAACACACUUUAUGGAGACGUUAAAUCAUUUUUAAAGUGUCAUAAAUGCAUUUUGUCUCGAUUCGUGUCACCUGGAGUGAAACUUUGUUUGCAUCCAUGCUCUCAGUGAAUGGACAUUCAAUGCAGUUUAACAAACAUUUCCCUGAGACGAGGUCUGAAAGCAGCUUAAGGAAACACAAGUCACCUCCUGGUAUUUCAUUGGCGUACUUUCCUGAUUGUGUUGUCAGACAACCUAUGAGUCAUGAACGCUACCUCAGAUCCACGUGUUGUAUUUCUGACCACGUUCAGACGGGCGGUCGGAAUCUUAAACACUGGGUUCCACAAAAACAGUGUUUUAAGCUGCUGUCAUUAAGAACGAGCUCAGCUGGACGGGUUGGACGGUGUUGUACCAAGUUUUAAACGACGUUUGAAUUGAUUUGGGUGCAGCUCAGAUUACUGGCAGCUCACAUGGGUGUCAGUGUGUAAAGGGAGAUCACCACCUCUGCACCAGAUCGAUCUGGAUCGAUUCAGCCAUUCCUGAAGACCUGACCCUGGUAUGCAGCCCGUCUCACCAGCAGUAAGACCUCCUGGAGAGCUUGGCAGUAGCUGGAGAUCCGGCUCUUGAUUAAGCAGCUGACAUUCAGUGUUCAGAUGUUCACGCCCCACUUGGUUUGGAUCCCAACACUUCUCUGUUCUUCAUUUGAAUUUAUUUUAAUUAUAUCUCAUGUGAUGUCUCCUUGCAGUUAUCUAUAAAACAGGUGGUGGUAGAUCUGAACUGGGUUCUGUUGGGUCACAUAUGCAAUCACAUCAGCACUAACGGUGUUCAGUUAACGAGUGUUACUUCAUGUGCUAAAUGUGUUUCUUAGGAAAGUACAGCUGUGGAUUAUGUUUCUCUUAUGUUCAUAUUGAGAAUACUGCUGAAUGACAACGAAGAAUGGUUCAGGAUGCUUCUGUAGGGCCUGUGUCUGAAACAAUUGGGUUUUAAAAAAGUGAGCUGAGAAUUAAAUUGGAGUUUAUUAGAGUUGGUUGAGCGUAUCAGUUCAUGAAGAUAAAAGCUCAGAUAAUGGAUUUUAUGUACCUUCAACUAGAACCAGGCCAGGCUCACUUUGAACAGACUUAUGUUAGAGAGACGUACCUUUACAGACCUGUAACUUCCUCUUUGGUAUAUUAUAUCAGUUCCUUUACUCCAAUAAGCUAAUGCAGAAGCUGAUCAUGUUUACCUCCUGAGUUAUCCUUUGUGCAUUUCUUUUUUACAGUAAAUUUUCUCUUUUUUGGUGCUCAUUUACUACAUCGAUGAAACUUACAGGAAAGAGCUUUAUGUCAUGUCCCCUGUACAUCUACAGAUAUCUGCAGAAAAGGCUUCAUUUGCACUAUAGCAAACAAUUAAAGUUGUUUUUUUUGUCUUAAAAAUAGAAAUGUGGUUUUCAAACAAUUUCCCAUUGAGAAACUAUCAGUUAACAUCCACACAAAUUAGCCUUUUCUUCCAUAAACAGUCGUACAGAUUUCUGAAAAAUGAACCAGUUUCAGACGGGAUUCCUUUUUGAUUGUGAAGAACAAAAGCUUUGCUAGAGAACUGGACUGUCCUGACCACAAGGUCAGCUCCACACCAUUCCACUCCUUCAUGCCCUCCACAGGAGCUGCUGCACUGCUCAGGAGAGGAACCCCGGUGCUGGAUGGAUGCCACCACACUGAGCUUUGUGGAAACCGCUUCACGGGCUGGAGGACAAACUGACGCUCAACAGAAUCAUUCCAUCCAUUAAUAACCUGCGAACGAUCAAAAUGCAGCGUUAAAGUUCUUUUACUUUUGUUUUUUUCCUGCUUUCGAUGGCAUUCCAGAGAGACACAGAAUCAUUCUAUUGUGGAUUUUAAGAUGACGCCAUGAAACAGAACUACGGAGUUUUGAUGAGUUUUAUUUGCAUUCCACUGGAUGCUGGUGUCCACGUAUUCACAUUGCAAUCAUCACUUUUCUAAUGUUGUCCGCCUGCGUCGCCACACAGAGCCAUGAGAGCCCUUUGGACAUCAGUAACCUUCUUUCUUGUGUAAAUAUAUUUUUUCACUGACAGCAAACCAACCUCAACCAAGAAGAACAUGAAGUAUUAAAUGUACAGAUAAUGUUUUAUUCCCACCCCCUCCUGUUCACCUCUUGGUCCUUUCUCUGCUUGUUUUGUUAAGUUUUGAGUUUGGCAUGUGUUUAUCUCACCAUAGUAUAAUUUAUUCUGCUGUAUGAAGUAUUAGACUAGUGACAAAUUUAUAUUGGCAUUUACUCCCCUCAGCCUCUUGGUGUGUGUAACACUGGCGUAACUGUUUGUUCAUUAAAGCUCUACAACUGGACCGAGACCA